AUGAGGCGACGACAUGAGCUGCUGGUCUCGCCGUCUUGUUGCUUGAUCGGCCUUGUGCUGCUGCUGCUCGCGCUGUCUGCUCGAGCUCAGCGGCAAGCACAGACAGGUCCGUCUGAAGUGGCCGCGCUGAACACCAUCUUCUCACGGUGGGGCCUGCGGGCGUCCACGGCGUGGAACAUCAGCGGCGAGCCUUGCAGCGGUGCCGCCAUCAACGAAACCGCCAUGGAUUCAGACAACGAAUUCAAUCCGGCCAUUAACUGCGUCUGCUCCUACAACAUCAGCACCGUCUGCCACAUCACCAGGCUGAGAGUAUAUGCACUAGAUGUGGUUGGUCAGAUUCCCGCGGAACUGCUAAAUUUAACUUACCUGACAGUACUGGAUUUAUCCCAGAAUUACUUGACAGGAUCUUUGCCAGCAUUUCUUGGAAAGCUGACUCGGUUGCAGUAUCUAAGUUUGAGUAUCAAUGCAUUAACUGGAGUUUUACCGAGCGAGCUGGGUAACCUCAAGAAUCUCAUUUCUCUGGGCGUUAGCACAAAUAAGUUUGUCGGUCCACUCCCCGAAGUAGUAGAAAACUUGACCAAACUUGAGCAACUGUAUAUCGAUAGUUGUGGUUUAAGUGGAGAGCUACCAUCUUCCUUUUCCAAACUUAAGAACCUGAAAUCCCUAUGGGCAUCAGAUAAUGGGUUUACUGGGAAGAUACCUGAUUACAUUGGAAGCUUAUCAAAUUUGCAGGAUCUGAGACUCCAUGGAAAUAACUUUGACGGUCCCAUUCCUGCAAGUUUUUCUAAUCUUAUCAACUUGACAAAUUUGAGAAUUGGUGAUUUAACGGGAGAGCUGUCUUCAUUGGCUUUUGUGGUUAACAUGACGUCGUUGUAUACUCUAGAUCUGAGAAACUCCAGGAUAUCUGACAACCUUGCUUCAGUGGACUUCUCAAAAUUUGUUAACCUCAAUUAUCUGGACUUGAGUUUUAACAGCAUCACAGGCAAAGUUACUCCAAACCUUCUGAACCUGAAUCCCCUCGAAUUCCUAUUUCUUGGGAGUAAUAACCUCUCUGGGAUCCUACCAGAUAUGAUUAGCCCUUCACUUACUACUAUUGAUCUGUCAUACAAUAUGCUCUCAGGAAGAUACCCUUCUUGGGUUAACAUGAAUAACUUACAUGUGAAUUUGGUGUGGAACAACUUUGGGAUAGAUAACUCGAACAACAGUAUUUUGCCUUCAGGACUAAAUUGUCUUCAGCGAGAUACUCCAUGUUUUGAUUCUCCAUCUUAUUCCUCCUUUGCGGUAGACUCUGGUGGUUCGAGACCCAUCAGAGGCUCAGACAACUCCAUUUACGAACCUGAUGAUGCCAGUCUUCCAGUUGCAUCAUACUAUGUUACGAACUCAACAAGAUGGGGCGUUAGCAACAUCGGGAGAUUCAUGGACUCGUCUAAUGGGAGUUAUAUAAUAUACACUUCUCGCCGGUUUACCAACACACUUGAUUCUGAACUAUUUCAGACAGCCAGAAUGUCACCCUCUUCAUUGAGAUACUACGGCAUUGGGCUCAAGAAUGGCAUGUACAGCGUUGUACUUCAAUUUGCAGAGAUUUUUUUCCCAGAUGACCAGACAUGGAAAAGCAUGGGAAAGAGGAUUUUCAAUAUAUAUAUCCAGGGAGAUCUUAAAGAAACAGAUUUCGAUAUAAAGAAACAAACAAAUGGAAAAUCUUAUACUGCUGUUCAAAGACAGUACACUGUUGAAGUAACGAAUAAUUUCAUUGAUAUUCAUCUCUUUUGGGCUGGAAAGGGCACUUGUUGCAUUCCUGACCAAGGGUUCUAUGGGCCAUCGAUAUCAGCAUUAAGCGUAUCUUCUUAUGAUGGCAACGGUGAAGGGGAUCCUGGUUCACAGAGAAACAGCACUACCAGUAGAACAGGUUUGGUUGUUGGAGUUGUAGUCUGUGUUGCAAUUUUAGGAUUUCUAGCACUCGCUGGGGCCUUUGUUUGGAGGCAGAAAAGAAGAAGGCUAGAGGUGGAAAUGGAAGAGCUGUUCAGUAUAGUUGGAAGGCCUAACGUCUUCAGUUACGGUGAAAUAAAGUCUGCUGCUGACAGUUUUAGUGAUAGCAACAUUCUCGGAAGAGGGGGAUAUGGACCUGUUUACAAGGCAAGACAGACUUGA